UUAUUACAAGUGUAUUUUUACAACAUUAUUUAUUACGAUUAAUGUACUUGAGUUCAUUUACUUUAUAAUUGAUUGUAAUAUUGUUUCGUUCAAGUUUUCAUUAUGUUCUUAUUGAAAAUCUACAAAUGGAUUGUGAAAUCUAUAAGAUCUAUAGGAAGGGAUUCGGACCCCCAGAUGCCGGCAGUCGAGAGUGAGCAAGCGGGCUCCCUGCAGUCGUUAUUCUCCGAAUGGCAGAAUAAUGGGUCUGAUGAUUGGCAGAAAAAUGUCACAAUGAAAGCUGAGUUGCAGGCUGUCCAAUCUGCAAUAAAGAUGCUGGAAUUGCAGCUGGUUGCGCAAGAUGGAGGGCUCAAAUUGUUAUUCCAACGGGUUGAACAUUUUGAACUGUCGGCAAAGGAAAUGCACAGCCCAACGGUUAGCACUGCCAUCUCCGAGCUACUGGAAGUCGUAGGAGCACUGAGAGAUAGUCGGGAAUGCGUAAAUAAGGCGUUUAAUGAAUUAACGGAGUUAACCAAGGACUUGGCAACCAUGGCCACAUCAGACCAGACAGCGAGUGAAAGUUUGCAAACGCCAGCAACGCGCAUUUCCACCGUAGAUUCAUGUACCAACACCCCCCGCUGGUGGGAGGAACCAGCUAACCAACAAAUUGCGGACAUAGUCCCAGAAGCUAGCAGCGAACAAGGAACCAGCAAGGAAAAUCAGCAAGAGAACAGAGGUAACCGAGGGCAGCAAGCUCAGCAGCAACAGGUAGCGUCGAACUCGAAAUCGGCCGAAAAAUCUGUACCGGAACUUGAUUUGGAGAUCAAAGAGUCAUGGUACACUAUGGUCCAGAAUGAGGAAGCGAAAAAUUCCGGGAAAGCAGUCGUGGAAACUGCAAAUCAGGUACCCCCUGAAGACACUCACAACAGCAAUCGCGGGUGUCUGCCAAAGACACAGACAGUGGUCCCUGACAAUCUGUCGUGUAUGUCCACAUACGCAGACAUGGUCGAAGAUAUCAAAGAUCAUAUACGCGAUGAAGAAUUGGACUUCGACAUUACCACCGAAUGGUCAAAAUCGGGUGACCAUCUGGUACUUACGACAUCGGAGAAAGACAAUGCGAUCAAACUUUCGAAAGCACUCCGGAACAAAGUCGGUGAAGAAAAAAGUAUAAGACGCCCGUCUUCUAGCAUUAGCCUGCUGCUUAUCGGCAUAGAAGACUCAGUAGACGUUGAUGAGUUAAAAUCUACACUCGAUUCACUUGAUAAAGAAUUGAUAGCAGCCAACAAGCUAACGAUCAAGAAAGGCUUAAACGGAGUUAGGACUGUCAUCGUUAAGGUCCCUCGGGCGCCAGGGCUCAGACUCGUCCAGGCUAAAAAGAUCAAGGUUGGCAGGGCCAUCUGCCGGGUUAAAGAACUGGUUACUAGACAACGUUGCGCUAAGUGCUGUGCUCCCGAUCAUGCAAUUGCGGAUUGCACGGGUCAGGAAACUAGGAAGUGCUUCAGAUGUAAGAAGACUGGGCAUUUGAUUGCAGCCUGCGAUCUCCCUCAUUCAAGCUCUACAGCAUUUCAAUCAAAUGAGAACCUUGGCGCCGAAGAGCAGCGCAAGAAGACACCCACGGAAUGAUGACUAACAUAUAACGACCAUCUUAAAUCAAGGUUGAUCUUUGGAACGUUUUCGAGAUUAAGCAUGAAAAAUAAAUCGUAUUUUAGGCAAAUCAUUAUAAUGUGAUAGUAUAUUACUAUAUAUAGAAUAAUUAUAUAGAAAUCGGUGAACCGUGUAAAUGUAGCUCAGAAGAUAUUGGCAUCUUAUCAUCUAACCUAUAUAAUACAUCAAUGGCUGUAUGGGCAUAUGACUAUACAGGGUGAUUCUUUUAUCAAACAACACUCAUUAUUUCCAAAAGUAUUCAUGUUUUUGAAAAUUUUUUUUACAUAGUUUCAAAUUGUUAAAAAAACAACAUUUUUAUAAAAAAAUUAUAUUUUUAAAUAUUUUUUAUCCUUAUAAUUUUUUAAGUUUUUUACUUUUUUGAAUGACAACAUAGAUUUUUAAUUUAAUAUUCCAAAGCAGAAUAAUUUUUUGAGUAUUUUGAUUCAUAAAAAUCGAAUUUAGGGUGAGUAGUUUAUGAGUUAUACUUAUUCAAAACUUAGACCAGCGGAGUUUACCCCGCAAAAUGUUUGUCCACUACUCCGCUUGUCUAAACUUUGAAUAAGUAUAACUCAUAAACUACUCACCCUAAAUUCGAUUUUUAUGAAUCAAAAUACUCAAAAAAUUAUUCUGCUUUGGAAUAUUAAAUUAAAAAUCUAUGUUGUCAUUCAAAAAAGUAAAAAACUUAAAAAAUUAUAAGGAUAAAAAAUAUUUAAAAAUAUAAUUUUUUUAUAAAAAUGUUGCUUUUUUAACAAUUUGAAACUAUGUAAAAAAAUAUUUUCAAAAACAUGAAUACUUUUGGAAAUAAUGAGUGUUGUUUGAUAAAAGAAUCACCCUGUAUAGUCAUAUGCCCAUACAGCCAUUGAUGUAUUAUAACCUAACCUAACUACAGAUUGUCAGGGACCACUGUCUGUGUCUUUGGCAGACACCCGCGAUUGCUGUUGUGAGUGUCUUCAAGGGGUACCAGAUUUGCAGUUUCCGCGACUGCUUUCCCGGAAUUUUUCUCUUCCUCAUUCUGGACCAUAGUGUACCACGACUCUUUGAUCCCCAAAUCAAGUUCUGGUAAAGCUUGGAAUAAAAAAGUAUAUGAAUCAACUGACUGUGAAAAUGUAUAACUUACAAUUUUACCACAGUAAGUGUAUUUGUUAAAAUGAAAAAUAAAUCUAUCAAUAGCGUAAAAAGUUUGAGUAAAAUUUGUGCAAUGUGUCAAUGUGAUCCUGACGAAAUUUUUCGUGAAAACGUAGGUAAUAAGAAUUUCACAGUUUCGCACUAAGAAUUAAUCAAUUUUUUUAGAACGAUGAAUGCAUCACCUCGAGUUUAUUGUUUAUUUUUCCAAGUAUAUCCUCUAGCGAUUAAAUCACUCAUAACUUAUCAUACAUUCCUACAUUGAGAUGUUUUUACGGAGAUGAUAUAACUUAUAUAUAUAUAUAAUACAUAUAUAUGAUUUACUAAUUGCUAAUUUUUAAUUUAAUAGUCACAAAUCGCAACAAUCAAGAUACUCUUUUUAUUACGUUUAAAAUUUAAAAGCAAUUUUUUUCUAUUUCUAAUUUUAUAAAUAUUAAGAAUUAUUACUAUAUAUGUACAUAAUAUGUAUAGCUUAUUGUACUUUAUAAGGAUGUACAUGCCAUACAACUUGAUGCUUAGGUAUAAACAAUAUACAUAUACCAAUUAUAUACCUAGGUAUGCAGAACUACCAAGUUGCGAUUUCGAAAUUUUUCUGUUUAGUGUUUACCCUUAGCGAUAUUACAGAUAUAUAUAGUCAUAUGCCCAUAUAGGCAUUGAUGUAUUAUAUAGGUUAGAUGAUAAGAUGCCGAUAUCUUCUGAGCUACAUUUGCACGGUUCACCGAUUUCUGUAUAAUUAUUCUGUAUAUAGUAUUAUACUAUCACAUUAUAAUGACUUGCCUAAAAUACGAUUUAUUUUUCAUGCUCAAUCUCGAAAACGUUCCAAAGACCAACCUAAAGAAUACAAUUUUUAAUUCGUGUUGUUUAUGCGUAAGUAGGUACAACUACCUAUUGCAGUGUGUAUAUGCACUAU